AUGUUGUCUACCACUUCAAGCAGCCGUGUCAUUCCUUUGACCUGUUCUGGACACACGCGUCCAGUUGUCGACAUUCACUUUUCUCCAAAAACGUCUGAUGGUCAAUAUUACUUGAUCUCCGCUUGCAAAGAUGGUAAUCCUAUGUUUCGGGCUGGAAUGACUGGCGAUUGGAUCGGUACCUUUGUGGGCCACAAGGGUGCGGUCUGGAGUGCCCGGCUCACAAAGGAAGCUCAUCGGGCAGUGACCGGAUCUGCAGAUUUCACCGCAAAGGUCUGGGAUACAUUUAGUGGAGAGAUCCUGCACUCGUUCAGCCACGAGCAUAUUGUCAGGGCAGUCGACUUUAGUAAGGACGGCACCAAGAUUGUGACGGGUGGAAAGGAGCAGAGACUGCGUAUCUUUGAUCUCUACCGCCCCGAAGCACCACCCCUCGAGGCCCAGGCACACACUGGUCUGAUCAAGGCCGUGGUUUGGGAUGAAAAAACCCACUCGGUCAUGAGUGCAGGCGAAGACAGCACCAUCCGAAUCUGGGAUCUGCGCACCAUGCGUGAGACGGCCAAGAUUGAGUGUGAGGCUCCGGUGUCGACCAUGACGAUGUCGAAUGAUGAAGAGUAUGUGAUGUGGGCAGCCGGGAAGACAGCAAAUUUUCUGCACACCGAUGGUCGCCCUGAAGAUGUAAAGACCUACAAGACUGAAAUGAACCUGUCUUCAGUCUCUCUUCACCCUGACCACACAAAAUUUGUAGCCGGUAGUGAUGCCGAUCUCUGGGUUCGCAUCUUUGGGUUUGAAAAUGGAGAAGAACUUGAGGUGUACAAGGGCCACCAUGGUCCAAUUCACACUGUUAGUUACAGCCCUGACGGAGACAUGUAUGCAACCGGGUCUGAGGACGGAACGAUUCGCUUGUGGCAAACAACACCGACCAAGUCUUACGGACUCUGGCAAAGAGACGCUAAUGACGUACAAGAAUAAACCCGAUAAAUAAAUAAAUAAAUAAAUAAUUAAAUAAUAAUUUUUUAUAUUAUAUUAUAUUAUAUUAUUAAAUAAAAUAAAAUAAAAAUAAAAAUAAAAAUAAAAAUGAAAAUG